AUAGCGAGCUAGCUCAUCUCCGCGCGUCUGCGAGAAAACGCGCGCAGUUUUGUCGCGCCGUUUACGUCCUCCUUUCUCCAUUCCACCUCUCCCUUCCUCUCUCCCCGGAACAACAGCGGAAAGGCUCUCUCUCUCUCCCUCCCAGCAGAGCGUGUCGCGAAGAUCCUGCGGUUGGAAACACGGGCUCGAGGCAGUCAUUGAGAGAAGAGGAGCCAGAGCUCCCGAUGGAGGCUGAGGACUACACCGCGUGGAGUACCAGGAGAAACAACCCCUGUUGGGGAGAGUGUGGAUUUCGGAGCGGUGGGGGAGGAUCGAAUCUUCGUUGCGGCUCUAAGAUCUACCCAGACCCUGAUGCAGAAGUAGCUAUUAUGGGAUCCAUGGUGUACUGCAUUCAUUACAAAGAAGGCUGCAAAUGGUCUGAUGAACUGAGGAAAUUACAGGGGCACCUCAACAUGUGUAAAUUUGAUGCCAUUCCUUGUACCAAUCAUUGCGGGGCUAUGAUUCCCAGGCUGCUAAUGGAAGAUCAUUUGCUCUACACCUGCCCAAAACGAAGAACACGCUGUGAAUACUGUGCCAGAGAUUUUACAGGUGAAACUUUAGAGAGCCAUGUGGGUAGUUGUCAGCUGGAGCCCAUCUACUGCGAAAAUAAGUGUGGGUCGAAAAUCCAGCGGCGGCAUCAGAGUAAUCACCGACUGCACGAAUGCACAAAGAGGUUGGUUCCCUGCAGAUAUUGUCAGAAAGAAUUCGUCUACGAUACUCUACAGAUUCACACUUCUAAAUGUCCUCGUCUUCCCGUAACUUGUCCAAACAGAUGUGACGUACUAAAAAUUGCCAAAGAGGAUUUGGAGUCUCAUCUCAAUGAGCAUUGUCCUGCCCUUACACUUUCCUGUGCCUUCAAGGACAUGGGCUGCAAAUUUAAGGGCAGCCGAUCAGCUAUGGACCAACACUUGGAUGAUGCUAGCAAAGCUCAUUUGGUACUUGUAUGUGGUGUUGUGUCCAGGCAACAGCACCAAAUUACCAGUCUCCGAGCAGCAUUACAAGGUCUCACUCUGAAUACAUCUGGUACACUUUUAUGGAGAAUCAGUGACUAUACAAGACGUUUGAGCGAGGCCCGAGAAGGCUAUGAACUCUGCAGUACUCCUUUCUACACCAGCCAGCAUGGCUACAAGCUUAUGGCUACCUUGUUCCUAAAUGGAAAUGGUGCUGGUGAAGGUACACAUUUAUCCAUUUACAUUAAGCUAUUACCAGGAGAAUAUGAUGCUCUCUUGCCAUGGCCUUUUAGCCAUACUGUCACAUUCGUCCUCUACGAUCAGGCUCCAGCUGGUGAAACAGCUUGCAAUAUUAUAGAAAGCUUCGUACCCGACCCAACCUGGAAAAAUUUCCAAAGGCCAAGCAAAGAACCAGAUGCACUUGGAUUCGGAUUUCCUCGUUUUGUCUCUCACGAUGCUUUGAAGAAGAGGCAUUAUAUCAAAGAUGAUGUGAUGUUUAUCAAAGUCAAAGUGGAUAGCAGUAAAAUAAUAGCUGUAUGAAUGGAAAAAAAUAAAACUUUUGAAGGUGUUGAAUACCUUCUUUCUUGUAAAUUAAACAACUUUUGUAACUGUGUUAAAAAUUCUAGAAUUGAUACAAUCAGAAACUUUUAAUAUGUGUAUAAACUUUGAAAUUUUAUAACAAUCGCCGGAGAGAAGUGGUUUAAAUAUCUGAAUGGAAAUCAAUAUUUUUGAGCUAAGUGCAAAAAAUUUAAAGUUUUCAUCUAACAUUGUUAGAUAUUGUAUUGAUCAAUAUCUUACUUUUGCCCUCUUUUUUUUUACCUUUAGAAGUACACUUUUCUGUAGUCAUUUUAUAGGUGAUUUAAGAUUUAAUUAAUAUUUUGAGCUCAAAAUAAGAAUUUUUCAAACUGCUUAUAGUGCAUGAACAAAACUUCGAUAUAUUUCAAUAAAAUUGCAUCUAACAUAACUCUAUCCUGUUAUGCAUCCGGUAAUUGCUUAAUCAACUUCUUUUAUUCAGUAUUUUAUAAAAAAUCUUAAAAACCUUAACUGCUGAAAUUGCAUCUUCUGCACUACUUGAACGUAGCUAAUGAAAGUUGUUCAGAGUAUCAGUUACUUUGUUUAUAAUUUGUUAUCCAUAAAUGCAGUUUUAGAUGUCUAUUGUUAUUAUUAGCUAAUUAUAUUAUUUCUAUAAUUUGUUAAUGUGCUAUUACUUUUAUAGUGUAAUUUAAUGAAAUAAUUCUCUGUUUUGGAAUUCAUUUCAUAAUGAAAGCUUUAUUUCUACUUAAAACCUUUUAUAUUCUGUUGCUAAAUUCUAUUUUUUAUUUAUUUAUUUCUGUUAGAAAUUUUGAUUUCUAUGUUUUCCUUAUUUUUACAUUAAUAAAAUAUAAACAGAGUUUCAAAAGUUAGAUGUUAAUAUUUCAUUCAAAUUCUGAUGCUCUAACUGGUUGCUAUGUAAUGUAAAAGAUUCCAAUGCGUUAGGUGAUAUGUAUUUGUAAAUGUGGUCAUGGUGAUAAUUAAUAUACAGUUUUGGUCCUUAACUUUAUUCAUUAUUUAAUGCUCAAAUCAUUUUUAAAUAAGUGUCCAUUUUCAAUGAAAGCUCAUCUCAAUCAUUCAUUGAAAUAUAUGUCUGUAUUUUGUUUUUAAGAUUUAAAUAGGUUUUGUUUUCCAACAAACGGAAAAUGCAACAAUAUAUCAAUAGUUAGGUAUUUUUUAAAUUAGUUUAUGUUAUAAUUGUCAUUUUAUACUUUUUUGCUUAUUACAGAAUUUUGACAUUUAAAUAUAUGUCAUCUUUUUUGUAUAUUACACAUAUCACCUCUAACUAUGUAUAUAAAAUUAAUUACUAUUGGUUUUGACAGGUUUACAUUUUUGUAUUUCUGUAUAAUGUACAGAUGAAUUUUUUAUAGUAACUUCUCACUUAAUUUUUCUAUUAUGUAUGUAUAUUUCUGUGUUAUAACGGUAUUUAGUCAUUUUCAUACUGUUUUGUGUUUAAAUUCUCCUUGAUGUACAAAUGAGUCCUUGAAGUUGCUUUUUAUUGGAAGACCAGUGUAAACUAGUCAUUAACUCAAAAUGUAGCAAUUAGAAAAAAUAAAUUGUGAAAUCAAAA